AUGUCCUCUUUCGAGCCGGUGGUGAGUUCCUCCGUUCCCUUUUUCGAGAUUCGACCGAGUGCGUGGGAUACGGGCGACAUGAGGGUUCUCGCGAUGUGUGUCGUCGUUGACGGCAAGGGCCAUCUCCUUGGUCGUCUCGCCUCUAUCGUUGCUAAGCAGCUCCUCAACGGCCAGAAGGUCGUCGUCGUCCGCUGCGAGGCCCUCAACAUCUCCGGCGAGUUCUUCCGUGCCAAGCUCAAGUACCACGCCUACCUCCGCAAGAUGACCCGUUACAACCCGACCCGCGGUGGUCCCUUCCACUUCCGCGCCCCGUCGAGAAUCUUCUACAAGACCGUCCGCGGCAUGAUUCCCCACAAGACCGCCCGUGGUGCCGCCGCCCUGGAGCGCCUCAAGGUCUUCGAGGGUGUCCCUCCCCCCUACGACAAGCAGAAGAAGAUGGUCGUUCCCCAGGCUCUCCGCGUCCUCAGAUUGCAGCCCGGCCGCAAGUUCUGCACCGUCGGCCGUCUCUCCCACGAGGUCGGCUGGAAGUACCAGGACGUUGUUGCUAGACUGGAGGAGCGCCGCAAGGCCAAGGGUGCCGCUUACUACGAGCGCAAGAAGGUCGCCCAGCGCCAACUCACCGAUGCGAAGAAGAACGCCAAGGUCGACCAGAAGACGGCGCAGGCCCUCGAGGCCUUCGGCUACUAA